CUCUCCCAGCUCAGCGUUAAUGUUUAGCCUGAUAACCCUUCUCUCAGGGGGCAGGAGCCACAGCGCUUUUCUUCACCCGCCCGUCUUCCACUUGCACUUUAUGCUUUUGAUCGAGUGACAAAAUGGAGGAGACGCUGGAGGAGAAAGUUCCCUCUGAAGUGAAAGUCCCUGAAGAUGACCAAGGAGGAACCGGACGGCGGCUCCGGGAUCGAGAUCUGCUGAGGAAGAGGAAGGCUGAAGCUGAAGAGCGAGCGACUAACCAGUGGGUUUAUGGAGCUCAAAUCAGUAAGCGAGCGAAGAGAGAGACAAACAACGUUCCACGGAAGAAAGGCAGACCGAGAAAGAACGCUCCUGUGGUAGAACAACAGCCUGAAACCACAGAAGUUCCAGAUGCAGGUGAAACAGUGACACCAAGUCCAGCAGAGGAGAUGGUUCCAGCUCCACCUUCUGCCCCUGUUUCCACUCUGGAUUCUGCCUCCUUUCCUGCCCAAGUGCCUGCUCCUGCUCUGGAUCUUCCUCAGCUUCCUGCUGGGGUUUCUGCCCUAAUUCCUCUUCCUGUUCCUGAGGUGACUCCAGAGAUGAAACCCAGCAGUGAAGCUCUUCUUCAGGAGGUUCUGAUCGAAGAUCUCGGCCCUGAUGAGGAACAGGAUAAAGUGGUGCCUGAAGAUAAACUUGUAAUCAAUCAAGGAUUUGUCGAGGAACCGUCAGACAUCAACAUCUCUGAACAGAAUAAAGUGUUCUCAGACACAGUGUUAGCUUCGCCUCAGCCUGACGCUCUACCCGGAAACCUUAUCUGAGUAAUCCCCAACCGAUCCCGGAUCUCAGCGUUAACACGAUCACAUCGGAUUUCUCUGGUUAACAUUUUCUUUUAUAAAUUCAAGUUGUGUAUAUGCGAAAUUAGACCAAAAAAACCCCAAAAAAACCCCCAACCAAACAAAAAGGGAUGUUUUUUCCUCAAAGGGUUUGCAGCCUGUCUGUAAUUUCAAUCAGGAACAAAUGUAUAUUUAUUAAUGUGCCUGUUGCAGUGUGAUGUUAUUUUCUGUGAACCUGAAGCCAUUUUGUUUUUGCUAAAUGAAUCAUUUUAAAUAAAAGAGAAAGAGUGAAUUUGUAA